AUGGCCACAAAUUACAAUAUUGUUUGGUCUGGUCCCAAAUUAGAUGACAAAAUGGAUUACAAUUAUUGGGAAUUGUUGAUGUCCACCCAUUUGAAAGCUCACAACAUUUGGAGCUUUAUUGAACCAGGCUUACAAGAACAAGCUAAUGCAGAAAAUCAAAGGAAGGGGCAGUUGGCGCUAUCACAAAUUCAACAAGGAAUAGAUUAUUCAAUUUUUGGCAAAAUUGCAAAUUGCAAGACUGCCAAAGAUGCGUGGGAUACAUUGAAGUUAUCAUACAAAGGAGUAGAGAAAGCUCAAAAAUCCAAACUGCAGUCCUUGCGAAGAGAAUAUGAAAGGUAUGAUAUGUCUAGUUCAGAAACUGUUCAACAAUAUUUUUCACGUAUCACAGAUCUUGUCAAUAAGAUGAGAGUAUAUGGAGAAGAUAUUUCUGAAAGCAAGGUGGUUGAAAAAAUUCUACGCACCAUGCCGAUGAAGUUUGAUCAUGUGGUGACUACAAUAAUAGAGUCUCACGACACAGACACCAUGACAGUUGCAGAAUUGCAAGGAAGCAUUGAAAGCCAUGUGAGCAGAAUAUUGGAGAAAACAGAAAAAGGAGCCGAAGCAUUGAAAAGUCAAGUGAAUUUCAAUAAAGUUGCGGAGUCCAAUCAAGAAGUAGAAAGUAGAGGUCGUGAUAAUUUCAAUAAUAGAGGAAGAGGAAAUUUCAGAAGUAGAGGUUGUGGAAAUUUAAGAGGUAGAGGUCGUGAUAAUUUUAAUCACUGGAGAAACAACAAAUUCAGACCAAACAAUCAAGGAAGAGAUGGAGAUAGUUUUGUACCUGCCCAUCGAGGAAGAGGAAGAGGUGGCUAUCAAGAAAGAAGUAAUGUUAAUUGCUUCCACUGUGGAAAAUAUGGCCACAGAGUAGCAAAUUGCAAAUUCCGACAGCAAGCAAACAUUGCAGAAAAUCAGUACCAGGAUAUUGGUGAGAAUUCUAAUAACCCACAAAGUUUAUUUUUGACAAGCAAUAACUUCUCAGAAGAUGAAAAUAUCUGUUUGGCAACAACAGCGAUAUUCCAAUUUUGGGAAAAGGCCAAAUAA